CAAAUAUGUAUACUCAAUUGCCUAAAUGACUAUUUUUUAAGAAUAAACUUUAAGUAGAAAAGUACCAAGGAAAGGACUUGACCUAAAUGCCAAGGUCGGAACGGACUACUCCGGGUACGAAGCUAUCAUGAGACGAUAUGGACUAGGAGAAAGGAAUGAGAAUGGUGAGGUAUUCACAAACUUAUGUGCGUUCAACAAAAUGGUUAUAGGUGGCACAAUAUUCCCACACAAAACUAUAUGUAUCUCACCGAAUCACACUAUAUAGGGCUACAUCUAUCAUAUAUGUAUCACUAAAAAAUUCAGGUCAGUGGAAGACGUGAGAACUAGGAGAGGAGUUGACAUAGCUUUACCUUACCACCUGGUGGUUGCCAAGAUGAAACUGAAGCUAAACAAGCAUUGGACAACUAGACAAACAGCAUUGCAAAGGUUCAAUGCAGCCUUCCUUCGACAUACUGACUAACUCAACGAAUUCAAGAUAGCUCUCAACAACAGGUUACAGGCCUUACAAGAUCUACUCAAAGAAGAAGAAACUAAUAUAGGGGACAAAUGGAAAGGGAUCAACGAAGCAAUAAUUUCAAAAUGUCAGGAGGUCCUGGGUCGCAGGAAGCAUCAUCAUAAGGAAUAGGUCUCCAUUGAAACACUGCACAAGAUUCAAGAAAGAAAGAAAAAACGAGAAAACUACAAUUAACGACAACAGAACAAGAACAGAGCAAGCCAAGGCAUAAGCUAAGUAUACUGAAGCAAACAAGCAAGUAAAGAAGUGCAUUAGAGCCAACAAGCAGAAAUACACGGACGACCUUACAAUGACAUCGGAAAAAGCUGCAAGAGAAUGAAUAUACGAGACAAAUAUAUGAAACGACAAAGCAACUGGUUGGAAAAUAUAGUAAAUCAGAGAUACCGGUCAAGGACAAAGAAGGCGAGCGAAUCACUGAGAUUCAAAGACAAAAGAACAGAUGGGUGGAACACUUUGAAGAACCUUCGAAUAGACCAACUCCAUUGAAUCCACCAAACAUCGAAGUAGCACCUGCAGAUCUUCCUAUAGCUGUCACUCCAUCAACGAUCGCAAAAAUCAGGAUAGCCAUCAAACUGAUCAAUAGUGGGAAAGCAGCAGGAACUGACAAUAUACCAACUGAAGCACUGAAAUCAGACAGAAGUAACUGCAAUCAUGCUCCACGUUCUAUUCAGGAAGAUUUGUGAGGAGGAACAAGUGCCGCUAACAGACUGCAAAGAAAGAUAUCUCAUCAAGAUACCAAAGAAAGGAGACCUAAAACAAUGUGAGAACUACACAGGCAUCAAAUUACUAUCGGCACCGGGAAACGUUUUCAACAGAGUGUUGCUGAACCAGAUGAAGGAUUCAGUAGACGCCAAACUUCCAGAUCAGCAGACUGGAUUCCGUAAGGAUCGGUCGUGAAAAGACCAAAUAGCGACACUAUGGAUUAUCGUUGACUAAUCAAUUGAAUGGGAUUCGUCACUGUACACUAACUUCCUUGUCUGUGGGAAGACGUUUGACAAUGUGAAUAGGAGGACCUUACGGGACCUCCUUCAACACUACAGUGUACCUGAAGGUUUUCAACAGUCUCGUUGUGGUUUCUGAUAUUCCUUGUAUGUACGGUAGGGUGAUCCUUUUGUUGAUUUUUGUACAUCAGAACCCAAAUCAAGCACCACAACGAGACUGCUGAAAACCUUCGGGAUAGGUGUGGCACACAAACCAACAAAAUCAUUACAAUCAAUCCUAUGCAAACCAAAAGAUGAAAUAAUAAAGGAAAACAAAUCAAACAUCACCCACAAAAUAAAUUGUACCAACUGCGACAAACACUACAUCGGACAAAGCGGACGCCCCCUCCACCUACGCCUACAUGAACAUCAAUUAGCAGUCAAACGCCAUGAUAUCUCUUCACUUUUAUCAAUACACGUGGAUAACUACGGACAUUCAUUCGAUUGGGAAAAUGUAGAAAUCUUAGACAGAGGAAACUCCAAAAACACCAGGGAAUUUUUAGAAGUUUGGCACUCAGGUCAAUCAGCAAUCAACAAACAUAUUGAAAUCAAUCCAAUUUAUCAACCAAUCAGGAAAAUCAUGCAUAGAUAUAGGAACAAAAAUCAAAUCAAUGGGAGACACAACCAAAACAAAGAAGUAAACAAUGAUAAAUUUAAGGUCAACAAGAACCAAUCAACAUCGAGGUGCACAGAACAAGCUGUGAAACACAUAUAGAGAAAUUCGAACACUUCACUUCUAUCUGAAGUUUGUACUGAUGAUGUCGUUCAGAAGAACGGUGAAAGCUCCACGACCAAACCAUCCAGCUCAGAGAACAAAACACCACCAAAAAAAACUGAUUACACUGCAAAGUCGUGCAUGGAUGACAGCUGCCGGAUGUACUCCGAGUGAGGACUGGUGUCAGACAAGGCUGCCUACUAUCACCCUUUAUAUUUCUUCUCGUGGUUGACUGAGUUACGAAGACCUCCACAUCUGAGGGGCUGUACGCAAUACAAUAGACAGUUCGAAUACGACUAGACAAUUUGGACUUCGCAGAUAACCUGGCUCAUCUAUCCGAUCCAUACCAACAAAUGCUGAUGAAGAUAGCCAGUGUAACAGAAGCCUGUGCAUCAGUAGUCCUCAACAUACACAAGUGAUAAACCAAGAUUCUGAAAUGCAGCACGAAGAACAUCAACGCAAUCGCACUUGAUGGAGAAGCUUUGAAAGAUGUGGAAACUUCCACAUACGUGGACAGCAUCAUCGACGAAUAAGAAGGUUCUUAUGCAAAGGCAAAGGUAAGGAUUGACAAGACAAGGACAGCAUUCCUAUAGUUGAAUUACAUAUGGAACUCAAAACAACUGUCAACUAACAUCAAAGUCAGAAUCUUCAAUACGAAUGUCAAGGCAGUUAGUUAUGUUGUACGGAGCUGAAACUUGAAGAACUACUGCAAUCAUCAUCGUAAAGGUACAAGUAUUUAUAAACAAUUGUCUACGUAAGAUAAUUAAUGUCCAUUGCCCGGAUGCCAUUAGCGACAACCUACUGUGAGAAAAAACAAACCAGCUUCCAUCUGAAGAGGAUAUUAAGAAAAGACGUUGGGGGUGGAUAGGACGUACAUUACGGAAAUCAUCAAACUGCAUCACGAGGCAAGUGCGAACUUUGGAUCCUGAAGGGAAACGGAAAAGUGGAAGACCGAAGAACACAUUGUAUCGGGAAUUGGAAGCAGACAUGAAAAGGAUGAAUAGAAACUGGAAACAACUGGAAAGGAUUGACCACGUCAGAUUUUGAUGUAGAAUGUUGGUGAGCUGCCUAUGCUACUCUGUGAAUGUUAACAGUAGUAAUUAAGUUAGGUAAAGUAUAACUUGGGAAGUAUAUGACAAUUUGUCCGUCAAAAUGUGACUUUACGCAAAAGAUAUAUAUGUAUAUAUCCAUAUAUUAUGUUUCCGAAAAACACUAGUUUCAAGAGGAACAUUGGUUACGCAAAGCUUGUUGCGAUUGAAAAGCACUGAUUUGUUUUUAAUGUGUUUGGAAAGGUAAUUACUCACAAGCAUUUAGAAUAAAAAUUCGUAUUGUGUUUGGACAGUUUAAAGCGAGUUUUUAUCCACGAGCAUCGAGAUUAUCUGAAGAGCCGUUCAGGAAAAUUGAGUACGGAAUACACGUUUUAUGCUUUAAUUUGAGAUCCUUUAAUGCCGUAAAACAGAGAAGAUUCUAGCGAGGACGGUGAUGAUUUGUCCCAUCUUCCACAAUACCAUUUAAGCGUAAAGUUGGAAUUUGAUGGUUCAUAUUUCUGACUUUAAUCAGUCGAAAAUAUAGUUCGAUCUUCUACAUCCAUUAUCAUCAAUGGAAAAGCGGUAGCUUAGUGAUUAAGACACUCGACUUUCUCCCACCAGGUUUUAGGUCCAAAACCCUCUCUUGUCUUGGUUUAGGCGAUUAGCUUGUAUCGUUAGCCCUCAAACCUAAAGUGUGGUUCCUUACUGUUAUGUCUCAAAGUGACAGCCGAUUAUAUGACAGUGACUUAUCGAUCGGAUCAAGGAUUCAGAAUCUCGAUAGUCUAUUCUGGUCCGUUGUCCCCAACUCUGCUAACUCGAUCAAAAAGUCUGGGUAAGGUGUAGAAAGUGUAUUCUACAGACAACAGCAGAUAACAAGUCAAUUCAAGCACACAAAUCAAGCGUAUUUAUACAAAUAUUUACAAUCGAUAUUGUCAUGGAAGAUUUUUGAACAUUAAUCAACAAUUGACUGCUAUUUGAACAUUUAAUCGAUAGUUCAUCAAUUGACCUAUUUGUACAUUUAAUCGAUAGUUCAUCAAUUGACCUAUCUGCACAUUUAAUCGAUAAGUAAAUUACAAAAUUUGAGUUUUGGGGAACUAUCGUCCCCAACACUUACCCAAGUAGCUAGUGGAUGCGUUCAUUAAAACUAAUUCAACUAUCAUCGAUGAAUUAUUGUCACAUACAUGAAUACUUGGUUAAUGUCAUAGAUGACGUCCUCCCACUAGAAUCUAAAUAAGUUCAUCACUAGUGUUGACUACAUGAUUAUUAUUAAGUCAAAUGAUUUUUUCGGGAAUUUUCUAUAGUUCGAAUUUCAUCACAAACCAACAUUUGAUGUCGUCGAGUUGGUUCUUGAGCUAAUAUGAUAACUCUUUUCCGUAUUCUAACACUAAACUAUUCGUUCAUAUUUGUUAUAUUUAACGUUUACCGUCUUUUCUGUAAAACUUUGUACUGUCAUUUAGGUUUUCUACCAUUUAAAUAUGUUAAUGGAUGUGGUUCAUGAACUGGUGACUAAAUGGAAAUCAGAAUUUGUUUCUGUACUAUCUUCUUCCGUUGAUAUAGAUUCAUUAACUCAACGUAUGCGAACACGUCAAAAAAUUCAGCAAGGAGGUUCUGGUCCAGGUAGAGCCUCAUUAUCAGCAGUUGGUGGUCAAGCAGCUGCUUUUCAUGUUGCUGUAUGGACUAGUUUAGAUGGAACUAUUGAUAAAAUGGAACAACUUAUUUCUUGUAGUCGUCUACUUGGUCUAACUCUAAUGAAACAACGUGAAACACAUAUUGAUGUAUGUAUGACAAGUAUAUAUCGUUUAGACCAAUAUAUUUCUGAAUUAUAUCCUAGUCUAGCUGAAUUACUUAUACAUGAAAUGCUUAUCGACUGGCAAAAUAAUAAAAAUUCUGAAAAAUAUUCUUCAAUUUUGUUAAUUUUUGCUUCAGCCAAUUUUAAAGAAUCUUUAACUCGUCAAGAAGAUAACAUCGACUCAUCCUCUGCUAUCGAUAAUUCAAUUGGUCACAAACAAAUUAAUGAUAAUCGUGCAGAUAUUCGUAAUGCACUGGUUUCAAAUGAAGGAUUCCUUGGUUGGGCAUCAGAUCAACUGGCCACUAAACUUUCUGCUGUUUCCAAUCAAUCACCAGUAAUUAAAGAAGUGCUUGAAGGAGAAUAUCCGAAAUUAUUAAAAUUAAUAUUAGAUUUGGAACGUCGUGUAACCAGUACCCUUUCAAAUGAAUUAUCUAAUAAUAGUAAUUAUGAUCAAUAUACCUUAUCACCUAUUCAUCAACAAACUAUAUUGGAACAACUACCUUCGUGUUUAGUUCGAGCACUGCAUCCAUUUGAAACAGCUUAUUUAUCUCGUAGUGUAUCGCGUUUAUUUGAUAGGGUAACUUUGGCUUUUUCAACAUCUACAACAGCUGGACCAGAUACAAAUGAAUUAAAUGAUAUCAUACAAACGGCUGCAAAUGAAUUAGCAUAUGCUACUGUUCAUCAUGACCUCUUAUAUAAGGUUACUCGCAACUUAGAUAAAUUGAUUGCUUUAUUUGCAACUAAAACUGAAACUUUGAUUUCUACGGGUAGUACUUGUGCAGUACAAUUGACAGAUUCACAAACACUUGGACAACAGAAUAAUAUACAUUUAGUCAACCUUCUCUGUCAGUUUGGAACAAAUUUACAAUUAACUGUUAAUAAACGAUUGAACAAUCUGAAUACAAUAACAACAUCUAACAUUAAUCAUAAAAAUUAUAGUAAAUCAUCUACAUUUUUAAAUGAAACCUUCCCACUGACUACCACAAUUGAAACAAUGACACCAAUCAAAAAUCCACUUCAGUUAAUCUCGGAAUCAACAAAAAAUCAUUUGAAUAAUUUGUGCAAUUCCAUUUUAAAUCCAUUUCUUCUAGCUAUUGGUAAUAAAAUAGAUGAAAUUUUAAGUUCAAUGCAUAAUGAAUAUGAUUCAUAUCAAAAUGUAUCAGUUAAUGAACUAAGCAGUAAAUCGAAGUAUCUACAAGAUUUACAGAACUUUACUGCUAGAGUUCGUCAACAAUAUUUAUCUGAUCUAUCACAACCUCCAAAAUUUGUUAAUACAAUACCUAAUAUAUUCACACAAUCAGGAUGUUAUGUUUGCGGUGAAUUCGCAUUGCAAGAUGCCUUAAAACCAAUUCUUACUAUGUGUGUCAACAGUUAUCUUUGGCGAUCAACAUUAAUUCGUUCUUCAAAAGAAUCAAUACGUCUUAAACUAGCCGCUGAUUAUAAAGAUUUUGAAUUAGCUUUAAUGCCAUUAUGCUCUCCAAAUUAUGGAUAUACAUUAAGUAAACUAAUCCCAGAAUCUUAUGAACAGUUAAGAGAUUUUCCUUCUAUCCUAUCUAUGGAAAAUGAACAGCUAAUUCAGACUUAUGCAAAAGAGGAUUCAGUUGGUUCUUCGUCAAAUCAUCUACUGCCGAGUUUGAUUUGUCAACAUAUGUUUAGCAGAGCACCGGAUGAAAUUCGUUAUCCGCAUAUUGUUGCAGGUUGGUCUACAAAUUACUAUGUAUCGUGGUUGGUGAAAAGGAAAAAUGAUACGGAACGUUUAGUUUUUCUACGCAAUGGUCUUUCAGCAUACGUCCAUGAGGUCCAACUAAGACAACAACGAGAAUAUCCACCGAUUUAUUUGCAACUGAAAGAAUUUCUGGACUACCAUAUUGGAAAAGAUCAAAAGUGAAACUUGUAUUUUUUUAUUGUAUCUAUUUAUAUGGGAUUCGUUUAAACUAAUUUUUUAUACAUAAUUUCAUCUGAAACACUGUGAUAAAUAUUAUUUUAAUGAAAUAAAUAUUUAAUUUGUUUA